AUGUCUAAAAAGAACAAGAAGUCCACUCAGAGGAACCGGCAUGCAUUUGAUCUGCAGCGUGAAAAGCUUGAUGUUGUCAAGAAGCAGCUGAAGGUGCAAAAGAAGGAUAAGAAGCAGACAGCCAGCCCAGCCAAGCCAAAGAAAAAGCUGAAAGGAAUCCGCAUCCGGAAGGGAGCACGUGUCAAGGGAAUCAAGAUCGUAGACGCAGCAUCAAAGAAGAAGGCAAUGGAGGCGCUGGCAGCAGAGCAGGAACUGCGCAGGAUGGAGGUUGAGUCGACCGCCGGCUGGGAGGAGGGAGACCCCUCUGACCUGGAGGACAUGGAGUGA